AUGGUUAUGCAAUGUGAAAGAAGCCGCAAAUUUUCUGAUCAUAGAAGCAAAACUUAUAUGCCCAAGACAACGGCAAAGAGGAAAAGAAAGCGUGGUACCAUUAAAUGUGACUGUCCAUUUAAGAUAAAUAGUAGUUCCAACAAGGAUGGAAAAUGGGUUGUUCGGGUGAAAUGUGGUUAUCAUAAUCACUCUUUGCCAAAUGCACUUACGGGACACUCAUACCCAGGUAGAUUGAACGAAGAAGAAAUGGUGCUUGUUGAAGAUUUAACUAAAGCAGGUGUUAACCCUCGUGGUAUUCUCACAUUACUGAAAGAAAAAUUUCCGAAUAAUCAUUCGACUAUGAGAACAAUUUACAACGCCAGGGCAAAGCUUAACCUUAUCGCUUGUCAAGGAAGGAAUGUAAUGCAACAAUUCAUGUUGUUGUCUCAAGAACGACAUUACACAGUGGAAUAUAGCUAUGAUGAGGAAACCAACGAGACCAAUAGGUACAAGUUACCCCUUCUUCAUAUGGUUUCUCAUACAUCAACCGGAGCGACAUUCACAGUUGCAGUUGCCUUUUUGAAUAGAGAACAAGAAGAAAAUUACGCAUGGGAAUUAGAGUGCGUAAAAUGUCUGUAUAGAGAAAAUGAGAUACCUUCUGUCUUUGUGACCGACAGAGAAAUUGCUUUGAUAAACGCAGUUGAACGUGUUUUUCCACAUGGGACUCAUCUUUUAUGUACAUGGCAUAUUGGAAAGGCAGUACUUUCACAAGCCCAAAAACAUUAUAAGAUUAAAUCAGCUCUUGAAGAAAAGGAAGAAAUGACAAUCAACCACAAGGACGACAAUUCAAGUAUCGUUAAAAGCAAGACAAAGAAAGAGAUUCUCCAAGAAAAACAGGAAAAAAGACAAAUUAUGUUGGAUACAUUUAUCGAUGAUUGGCAUAGCAUUACGUGGGCGCAGACCAGGAAAGAUUAUGAAGAAGCAUGUAAGAAAUUCAUCGUUCAGUGGGAGCCUGAGUAUAAGGGCCUGGUUGAUUAUGUCACAACAACUUGGUUAAAACCGUACAAAGAGAAAUUUGUUUAUGCUUGGACGAAUGAAGUAAAACACUUCGACAACGUCGCAACGAGUAGAGUUGAGAGUGCACAUCAUAAGUUGAAGUUGUAUCUAGGUUCUUCUGGUGGUACAUUUCUUAGUUGUUGGAUAAAGGGUCAUAUAAAACACGAGAAUGAAUUUGUGGGAGUCGUGGAAAAUUUUGAAAAGAGCGCAACACAAACAAUGCAUGAGCAUAUGGAGUACCCAAUGUUAAAAGAAAUUCAAAACUUUGUGUCUCACAAAGCAAUUAGUUAUCUAAUUGAUGAGUUUAGGUCAGCUGAGUUGGUUAAAAAUGGAUUUCCAUGUGACCAUGUCAAGCGGAAAACACUAGGAAUUCCUUGUGCUUCAUUUGAAGACUUGCCUGAAAUUCAAGCCCUUCGGGAUACAUGGGAACGUGCUCCAGAUAAUGAACGAGUUAAGAUUCGAGCUGAUAUCAAGCCAAUAGUAUUUCCAGGAACUACUAAUCUCUUGGAGCCAAAAGUGUCAGAAGUGCAAAGAGGUCGGAUGUCCAACAAACAAAGGAUGAUUGAACUAUAA